AAAAUGAAUAUAAAAAGGAGUUCGAUCGUAGAAGACGGCUUAAAAAAUGGCUUUUUGGAUUCCUUUUCUUCGUUGAACGAGUUUUCGAUCUUAUUUCCUUCUGCGAUCUCGAUCUCUUUGAAGAUCUCGCGAGAAACAGAUUAGGAUCGGUGAGGAGAUUUCCAUCAGAUUCAAGAACAGAAAUAGGAUAGAUUGAAAGCUGUAAUUGGAUUGAUGAGCAAUGCAGAGAUCCCGUAGAGCUCUUCUGCACAGAAGAAGAGCUUUGGAGAACGCCAUCUCUGGAAGGAACCAACUUUAUAAGGUGUCCUUGUCUCUAGUUCUCGCUUUGUGGGGAAUUGUAUUUCUUCUGAACUCAUGGAUUGGCCAGAGCGAUGGUUAUAGAGAUGGGUCGACUGUUAUCGCUGGUGAAGUAACUCGGCAUGAAGUUGAGGCUGAACCCAAAAAAGGAUCUGAUUCUGGAGAUGAAUCCGUAUCUGAAGUAGCAAUUUCCAAUUACCAUGAUCAAGAUAUGGGUGGUUUGAGUGCUGAGGCUGCAGGAAGUAGCUAUGAAUUUCUGGCAGCUGAAGAAAAUGAAACACAUUCAUUGCCAGCUUGCAAAGAUCGAGCAGAGGUAGAGAACUCUGGUUUGGGGCCAAAAGAAAAUGAAAUGCAUUCAUUGCCACUUACCGAAGAACGAGCAGAGGUAGAGACCACUGCUUUGGGUGUAAAAGCUGAAAAGGAAACACAAAAAACUGACCGAGCAGAGGUAGAGACCGCUGCUUUGGGGGUAAAAGCUGAAAAGGAGACACAAAAAACCGACCGAGCAGAGGUAGAGACCGCUGCUUUGGGGGUAAAAGCUGAAAAGGAAACACAAAAAACCGACCGUUUGUCUCGUAUUGCACCUCCAGGUCUCGAUGAGUUCAAGAGCAAAGCAAUCAAUCCGAAGGGAAAACCUGCAAAUGGUCAGACUGGCAACAUCAUACACAGAGUGGAGCCUGGUGGGAAAGAGUACAAUUACGCUUCUGCCACAAAGGGCGCAAAAAUCUUGGCUUGUAACAAGGAAUCAAAGGGUGCCGCCAACAUCUUAGACAAAGACAAGGACAAAUACCUUAGGAACCCAUGUUCGGCGGAAGAAAAAUUCGUGGUUAUGGAACUUUCAGAAGAAACCUUAGUGGAUACCAUUGAAAUAGCAAACUUCGAGCACUAUUCAUCCAACUUGAAGGAUUUCGAGCUGCUAAGUAGUCUGGUUUAUCCAACAGAUAGCUGGAUCAAACUCGGUAAUUUCACUUACAGUAAUGUAAAGCAUGCACAGAGGUUUUCUCUUCAGGAGCCUAAAUGGACGAGAUAUCUAAAGCUGAAUCUGCUGAGUCAUUAUGGUUCAGAAUUCUACUGCACACUAAGUGCUGUGGAAGUUUAUGGAGUGGAUGUGGUAGAGCGGAUGCUGGAGGAUUUGAUAGCAACGCAAGAUAAUCGAUUUGGAUCCGAGGAAACUCCUGCUGGGCAAACACCAACACCUGUACAGGUAGAGCCCACUGAUGGGGACGAUCUUUAUCGUAGACUCCUUAAUGCAAUUGAAGAUGAUAAUGGGCCAGAAAAUCUUAACAACAAACAUGAAGUUUCGAAGAGUAGCAUGCCUGAUCCAGUUGUAGAAACACGGCCUCAGCCUGUUGGGAGGAUGCCUGGAGACACAGUUCUCAAGAUUCUUAUGCAGAAAGUCCAAUCUCUAGAUUUGAAUUUCUCUGUUUUGGAGCGAUACCUGGAGGAACUGAACUCCAGAUAUGGCAGUAUCUUCAAAGAAUUUGAUGAUGAGAUUGCGGAGAAGGAUUUACUUUUGGAGAAACUCAAAUUAGAGAUCAAGAACCUUGCUGACAGCAAGGAGAUCUUGGCCAAAGAUGUUGGAGAUCUUGUUUCAUGGAAAUCUCUUGUUUCCUGGAAAUUGGAUAAAUUAAUCAAAGAUAAUGAAAAUCUCAGAUGGGAGGUGGAGAAAGUUCGGGACGAUCAGGUGAACAUGGAGAAGAAGGGCCUGGCAGUGAUAUUUUUGAGUUUUGUUUUUGGGUGUUUGGCGGUAACGCGGCUAUUGUUAGAUAUGUUAGUGAGGGUUUGGAGAAGACAGAAAUGUGAGGAAUAUGGGAGGACGAGCUCUGCAUGGCUUAUGGUACUCUUGAGCAGUAGCAUUGCACUUCUUAUCCUCUCGCUAUAAAUGCAUAUUCAUGUACUGAGCAUUUUACAGCUGCUGCAUUCCUAUCUUCUUCCUGCA